AUGAGACCCCUUCCUGUCUGCAGGUCUCCAGAGAUGUGGCAUCAGAGCUUUGGACUUUUAGGAAAAAGCAACAUCAAUGAACCAGGAUCCUUUUCAUUGGGAAAGGAGUUCUACGUACCCCUGUGCUCACUGCCCCUCUCUAGUGCUGUGGUGGAUGUUGCCAUCCAGGACUAUGUAGCUGACGUGGUCUCUGAACUGAUCUACCAUAAUGAGAGUCUGAGAUCCUCAGAAGUUACUUUUGUCUUCCCCCUGGGCCCCCAUAUGGCCAUUUAUUCCUUCCAGGCCUGCAGUGAGGAUGCCAAGGUCAAGGCUGUGCUGCAGGAUGAGGCCCAGCGGCUGCACAAGUUUGCAGUGGAGGAGAAUUUUCAUUACCUUCAGUAUGGGGUUGAGGAAUCAGGCGAGGUGUUUGCCUGCUUCCUGGGUUCCCUGUCCCCUGGCAAGGAAAUGGUUGUGACCCUACACUAUGUCCAAGAGCUAUCACGGAAGCCAGAUGGAGCAGCCCAGUUUGUGCUGCCAUCCACAAUGCAUCCUUGCAAGACUCACUACACCUGCAAUUGUCGCACCGACAAGCUGCAUUACAGCCUCCUGCUCACUGUCAGCCUGCAGUCACCCCGUGGUGUGGCUGAUGUCCGGGCCAACUGUGCCCUCACUCCUUUGAUCUACACUGCCCAGGACCACAGUGCUGCACAGGUCUCACUGGCUGGCACUCCCCCAAAUCACCAUUUGGAGCUGCUGGUGUAUUACAGAGAACCUACUGCAGUCAGUGCUGUGGUGGAGAAAGGAAACCCUGCAGCCACUGCAGGCACUCUAUUUGGUGAUUCCCUGGUGUUGGUGACACUGGCACCCAACAUCCCUGAUGCAAAACCUGGCCAGUGCCAGUCUGGAGAGUUCAUCUUUGUUUUGGACAGCACUUCCCUUGAGCACACACAGGACCCCUUGCUCUUCCUUCUCAAAAGCCUACCCCUGGGCUGCUACUUCAACAUUUACUGCUAUGGAGCAACAUCUGUGCGCAUCUACCCGCAGAGUGUUGAAUACACCCAGGACAACCUGAAUGAAGCAAUGCAACUCAUUCCCACAAUUGGCUCCAGGCUGGAUGACACAGACCUGCUGGGAACUCUCCGCACAGUCUACAACACUCCCCGCCCCUGCGGACAUGCACACCAGCUCUUCAUCUUCAUGUCUGGGCUGCCACCUGACAAGGAAGCCAUUGCUGCUGAGGUCUGCCGUCAUCGCAACAGCCACCGGUGUUUCUCCUUGUGUUUUUCCACGGACAGUGCUACCCUGGCCACAGCCCUUGCCAGGGAGACAAAGGGUGAAGUUGUCUAUGUUUCUUUUGACAAUGCGACAGUUCAGGUGCUGAAAUGCUUGAAGCAGGCCCUCAAGCUAGUAGCUGAGGGAGUCUCUCUGGACUGGACUUUGCCCUCUGGCCUGGGGGUUGAGGUGCUGGGAGGCACCCCUCAGUUCAUCUUUCAGAGUCAGCACAUCUUCCUCUAUGCACAGAUCCAUGGAAAGGAACAGAAUAUGAAGGAGGCCAGUGGUGUCAUGACCUUGCAGUUCAACCUGGAUGGCCAGGUCGUCACUCACAAGAUCCAGUUCCCACUAUGCCCACAGGGAGAUGGCCGGAUGGAUGGUCAUCGUCUGGCUGCAAGAUAUUUGCUGGAGAAGCUGUUGCCAGAGGUUGCGAGCGGAUCAGGGGAUGAACCAGUGCAGCGUGCCAUCGAAAUCAGUCUCACAUCUGGGAUCAUCUGCCCCUUCACCAGCUAUGUGGGUGUACGUAUAUCACGGAGGGCCCCCUGGUACCAUGGGCCCCUGGCACUGCUGCCACCUCGCCAGUCAUUCGUUCCCUGCAAGAUCCUUUUGCUUCAUGGCUCCCUCACUGGCACUUCCUGCUUUCCUAAGACCAUAUGGUACCCACCUAGCUGGCACACUGCACUGCAGGAGUCAUGGACUGCCAUCAAGCAACUCACCAAUGGCAUUGUUAACUUAUUCCAGCUUGGGGCUCACAAAGAAACACCUAAACAGAUGCCACCAUCAAUUUCCUCUCUCAAGUAUGUGGAUUCUACAAGAUUUGUUUUGUGCUCUACAAUUUCUGGGCUGUGGAUGAGUGAUGCCAUUGCUGAGUGCAGAGAGCUGGUGGCACUGCAGAAUGUGGAUGGCUCCUGGACCCUCAGCUCAGAUUUAGCUUCUGUGCUACAGGUUGAUGAGGCUGAAAUCAAGGGAAAGAUGCCUGGUGAGGUCAUGGAGCCUAGUUUCUGGGCGACAGUGCUGGCUGUGACCUGGCUGCAGAGACACAGCAGGCAUUGCCACGAGAUGUAUGACUUGCUGGAGGCAAAGGCUGUAACCUGGCUGUGCAACCGAGCUGUGUCUCAGCUGGACAAGUGCCUGGAGGCAAGUAACACCCUCCUUGGGAUCAGUGUGAAUCCAAGCAUCUUUAGGCAAUGA